UGUUCCGGUUUCAGAACGGCCGGAGACUGGUGGCGUUAGGCUUUAAUGUGAACCCGAAUCUGGGCCUCCGUUUCUCUGAUUAUCAUGGUUCGCCCCACAUUUUCAUGGAGAGAACGUGACAGAGCAGGAGGGCGAAGGGAGGCCCAAAGAAGGCCCGCGUUUCUAGUUUCUCCGUGUCCUUCCUGUCUCUUGGAGAGGGGGCGAUAACGCUGAGGAUUUGGGAUUGGGAUGGGGUGUACACGGUGUAUGCCAGAGGGGUGGGGGGCCAGGGGGUGUUUGACCCGCGGCCUGUCACCCCAGAACGAGAUCGACGAGCUGAGGACCGAGAUGGACGAGAUGAGGGACACUUUCUUCGAGGAAGAUGCCUGUCAACUGCAGGAAAUGCGCCAUGAGUUGGAGAGAGCCAACAAGAACUGCCGGAUCCUGCAGUACCGCCUCCGCAAAGCCGAGCGCAAGCGGCUCCGCUACGCGCAGACCGGGGAAAUCGACGGGGAGCUGCUGCGCAGCCUGGAGCAGGACCUCAAGGUUGCAAAGGAUGUAUCUGUGAGGCUUCACCAUGAAUUGGAAAAUGUGGAAGAAAAGAGAACAACCACAGAAGAUGAAAAUGAGAAACUGAGGCAACAGCUUAUAGAAGUUGAGAUUGCAAAGCAAGCUUUACAGAACGAACUGGAAAAAAUGAAGGAGGACCAACCAAUAAAAUGGGAGAGAUUUUCACAUAACAUUGCAGAUUUCCAGCUCCUCUUGAAAAGCCCACAUUCCUGUAUCCCAGCAAUCUGCCCGCUCCUUUACGUGGAGUGUGCCCUCUUCGCUGCAGCCCCUCCCGUUCCCCGUGGUACUGCGCAGCUUUCCUUAAAGAGAAGAGGAAGCAAAGAUUUGCCAAAAUCUGAAAAAAAGGCCCAACAGACUCCCACAGAGGUAUGUAGAAAUAAAACUUCAACUGGUACAUCAAGCACCCAUAAACGCAGGUCGUGAGCCACUUCUAUAAGUAGACAUAACAUCCAGAUACGCUCCUGUAAAACACAGUUUAAGGGUGCACGUUGACUGUCGCUGUAGAUGCAGGCGGUAGGAAGCGUUCGGUGUCUUUGCUUACACGGCUAGCACUAGCAUCCCUGCUAUUAUCGCACUUACACACAGCAAAAUGUCAUAGUCCUUUGUGUGCUCCCGUAUUUGAGAACUGUAUCCAUGGUGCUAAUCUUGUUUGCUCAUAAUUAAUAAGGUCAGUAGAAUAGCUGUCCCUGUGGUGUCAGGGAGAGUAAAGAAAGGAAUGUGCUAGGAAGGGAUGGCAGAGGGGACAGAAGAGGCUCCUGGUGGCUCUCCAGUCCUGGACUGAAGUAAUUCCCCGUGAUUGGGGAAACAAAAGAAAGGCAACCAAAGGAUAAAAAUAGAACAUAAAAGAUGUUUUCAACGUGGGCUGGUUAAGAACCUUGGCAACAAGGCCACGGUAAAGGCUCGUUAUGCCAUUAGGGUGAGCAGAAGGUACCGGGAGCCGUAAUGAAGGUGAUUUGAAAACAACAGAAGAGGGAAUUCUUGGAGGCAGAGGUGACCUAGCAGCUCUCCAGAUACACUCGGCUAGAUAUUGACCUUGAGAUGCACAUGUUGGGGUGCUAUAGCAUGCUUUUUUUUUCUUUAAUGCUUUCAAAGGGUUUUCUCAUUAGAUAUUAACUUUAACUAAAGCAAUAUUUAAAUAGACAGAAUUUGAAAAAGUUGAUGUGGACCAUAUUUUUGAAAAGCGUAACAUAUUAAGUGUUUAUUUUCCUCUCUCUACCCGCUCUGUUCUGGUACUUGCAGAAGGAUCUCUAUAGGCCGGAGUCUUGCAGCAGGAUCCGUGCCCCCUUUCACACAGUCCCCUCAGGUUCCUUGAUGGGCUCAGACGCG